CAGACUGUGGCUGAUGUGACUUUACCUGCGUCUGGAAAGGUGCUUUAUUCGAGCCAGAGGAACAGACGACAGACUAAAAGAAAGAAUUUGAGUCACAAACUCUCCUUUUAUAUGUGGGAGUUAACCACCAAGAUCUGGAUCUUAAACAUCUAAAAAACUCAAGACGAAGACUUUGCUGGUGGAUUAUUGUUGAAGAAAUAAACACAAAAAUGGAAAAUGCAUUUGGUUUUGAGGGCAGCUCCGUAUCCUGCGGAAUAUCUCCUGCUUCAACUGACCUUAAAGACGAACUCAUAACAAGUUUGACAUCUUUCCUUCGCGUCUACAGUCAACGUAGAGAUCUUCUCCGAAGAUCCUCGGAGAGCUUCAGCCUGACGGCGGCUCGACUUCAUGAAAUGCACGAGGACAUUUCUGAGAAUAAGACAUUCCACGGUCUGUUCAGCGUGUUCGGAGGACUUCUCGGUGCAGCUUGUGGCAGUGUUACUGGAGGAAUCGGGGGUGCAUUGGGGGCUGUUAGCGCUGCAACUUGCGCCAGAUUUUGCGGAGACAUUAGCGCAGUCGACGCAACUGUUGGCUUUGUCGGCAGCACGUUUGGUGGAGCAGUUGGAGGGACGUUCACUGGCACUGUUGGCGGUGCCAUCUGCGCAGGCCGUCCAGUUCACAAAGCUGUAAGCGAUAUUGUUUUGUUCGCCAUUGGGUGUGCAACCGGUGGUGCCAUCGGUGGUGUUUUUGGCGGGACUGUCGGCACAGCUGGUGGCGCGAUUGGCGGUGCUUUUGGUGGGUUGUAUGCCACAAGGUUUGCAGUUUAUUUAGUUGGUCAUUUUUGUGAAAAAGUAGAAUUGGAAGAACAGAAGAUAAAGGCAGUGAAGACGAGCAUGAUGCGGCAAAGUGGAGAUUUUAGUGAAAACAUCAAACCAUUGAUGGACGAGCUGAAAACAGUGAAAACCAUGAGCGACCAAAUGGCCUCCAGGGAAGUCGUGCACAGUGUGGGAACACAAACGGUCAAGACUCUGAUUUCUGUGACCACGAUGCAGAAAAUGAUCAGUGAUUGUCAGAGGACGACGGAUCUGCCACAGAUUGUUUCCAGUUUUGGAGAAGUAUCAAAACAAAGCCAGAAAGUCACAAAGGAACUGGAGCAAACGAGAGCAGAAGUGGACAAACUCCUGGUUUUACUAAAGAAAUACUGAGGCUGGUUUUUGAGCAAAAACUAGACAAAAAACAAAAUCUGUUGAACUUAACAUAACAUAAUAUGACAACGCAGACCUACGGGGCACUGAUUGUAAAGCUUUGCACUCCAAAAGCCAAAGCAAUAUUUCUCCACACGUAACUCUUAAAAAAAUCAAGAAGAGAUUUAAAUUUGUCCGAAUCAACUUUUAAUCACAAUAAGAGCAAUUUUUGCGCAUUGUCAGGUUAAUUCUUUCUUGAAAAAUGUUUUUAAGAUAAUGUUACUGUCAAAUUAAA